GGAGCCGGGCAGCCGGCGGCGGGGGGCGGCCCGCGGGGCCGGGAGAGCUCGGAGCUGCCGCUGCCCGCGGGCUGGGAGGAGGCGAGAGACUUCGACGGGCGCGUCUUCUACAUCGACCACAACACCCGGCAGACCUCGUGGAUCGACCCCCGGGACAGGAUUACAAAGCCAUUAACAUUUGCUGACUGUGUUGGCGAUGAACUUCCUUUAGGAUGGGAAACUGUUUAUGAUCAACAGAUUGGAAUUUAUUACAUGGACCAUAUAAAUCAGCUCACACAAAUUGAGGACCCAAGAGAGCAGUGGCGAAGAGAACAGGAACGCAUGUUAAAGGAAUAUUUAAUUGUUGCCCAGGAGGCACUUAAUGCCAAGAAAGAGAUUUACCAAAUUAAACAGCAGCGUUUUGAGCUAGCGCAAGAAGAAUACCAGCAGCUGCAUAAAUUGUGUGAGGAUGACAGCCGUUCCUAUGCAAGUGCAUUCUCUGGAUUUUCAACUAAUACCAAGUAUGACCCAUAUCAGAUUAAAGCAGAAAUAGCAAGCCGACGUGACAGACUUUCUAGACUAAAACGAGAGUUGGCACAUAUGAAGGAAGAACUGCAGUAUAAAGAAAAAGGAGUGGAAACACUACAAGAGAUUGAUCGUAAAAUGUCAAAUGCUCAUACAAAUUAUAAACUGGAUGAAGCCCAGGCCAUAAUGAAUGAGCUCCGAACCAUAAAGAAAGCUAUUUGUAUGGGUGAGAAAGAAAGGCAGGACCUUAUGCAGAGCCUGGCGAAGCUAACGGAUGGAUUCAGGAAUAGCUGUUGUAUUACAGACUCUCUGCGAGGUCUCCAGCACAAUUCUGGUUCACUCAGUGACUCCUGUUUACCUCAACAACACUGUGAUGCUUGUUCUCAAACUGACAUCACUGGAGAGUUUUGCUUUGAUGAUAAAACAAGACUUGUGGACAAAGUAAGACUGAGCUGGCAAUAUGAAGAGGCCAAAAAGAGAGUUUCCAAUGUACAGCAGCAGCUGGCCUUGCUAGAUAAUGAAUCUUGGCCAGGAAUGGCUGAGGCGGACAGGGACCGUCUUCAGCUCAUCAAGGAGAAAGAGGCUCUCCUUCAGGAACUGCAGCUCAUCAGUCAGCAGAGACGAUCCCCAGAAUACAUUGCACGUUUGGAGGAAGAAAAAAGGCGCUUGGAGGAUGAAAUUCAGCAGGCUCGGGCCAGUUCUGCUCAGGGAGCCACUGAAAGGAUACUGUUACAGGAGAAGAGGAAUUGUUUGCUUUUGCAGCUGGAAGAAGCUACUCGUUUAGCCUCCUAUUUACACUCCCAGUUAAAAAGUUUGUCUGCUAGCACCCUCACAAUGUCUUCUGGCAGCAGUAGGGGAUCACUGGCAUCCAGCCGAGGAUCACUGGCGUCCAGCAGAGGGUCUCUAAGCUCUGUCAGCUUCACGGACAUAUAUGGCCUCCCACAGUAUGACAAAUCAGACAGUGUUACUGACUAUGCACAACAUCUACGCUUUGACCUGAUCCCAUUUGAUUCUCUCAGUAAAGAUGUGCAGUACUCUGAUCCCACUGGGCAUUGUAACUUCAAUAAACAAAGGAGGUCCUUGGAUACUCCUCAAUCCCUGGCAUCCCUGUCAUCACGGUCCUCUUUGUCAUCGCUGUCCCCUCCAAGUUCCCCUCUGGACACCCCCUUCCUUUCUGCUUCUCGGGAUUCUCCACUUGCCCAGAUGUCAGAAGGAUUUGAGGAGAUAGCGGGAGUAGGAGCCCUAGAAAUGCGCAGAGCUCAGGCCUCGGUUUUGGGUGACGAUGAUACCCAAGGAACAACUUCAUCACAGACUCCUGCUUACCCCGCGGAUGAUGAAGGACUGCAAGAAAUGGGACCACACCUGGCAAAUAUCCAAACUGGUGGAGCCGUAACUCUACGCGAAGACAGUGCAAGAAGGUCGGCGAGGCGAGCCAGGCGAGUCUCAGCAUGUCUAUCCGAUUAUUCACUGGCUAGUGACAGUGGCGUGUUUGAAGCUUUAAGCAAAAGGAAUGAGGAUGUUGAAGACCCUGUUUACAGUGAUGUUGUUGCUAGUAGUGAAGAACCACAAAUACAUGUUGGAUUCCUGCAUGAUGGUGGAUGUGAAUGUCUCCUAGUCCAUGUGUUACAGCUGAAGAACUUUAUUGGUGUCUUUGUGAAAGAAGGCUGCAAAAUACAUGUUCGAGUUUACUUACCUCCACUGGAGUCAGGCACACCUACCACUUACUGCUCCAGAGCUUUGGAAUUCCAAACCCCGUUAAUAUUUAAUGACGUUUUCCGAAUCCCGGUGCAUUCAAGUGCAUUGAAAUUAAAAUCGCUGCAGCUGUAUAUUUGUUCAGUUGACCACCAGCAGCAAGAAGAACUCUUGGGCAUCGCUCAGAUUAGCCUGGCUGAUCAUGAGAGUUCCACUGAGAUGCAGCUUCACUGGUAUCCUGUCCAGAUAUUCACUGGUUCAGACCCACAAAGGGUGAAGGAGAAAAACCAGUGUGAAGAAAGCACUCCACAGAGUUCUGGAAAUACAGCUACAGUGAAAUCGGAUGCAGUGACAGCCCUAUUAGCUAGGACCACAGCUCAGCUGGAAGCAGUGGAGAGAGAGCUGGCAGAAGAGAGAGUGAAACUGGAGUACACAGAGGAGGAAAUCCUAGAGAUUGAAAGAAAGGAAGAUCAGGCAGAAGCUGUAUCAGAGAGGAGUUGGCAAGCAGAAUCUGUUGACAGUGGAUGUAAUUGCACUCAGACCAGCCCACCUUAUCCAGAGGCAUGUUGUGGCGAUUCGUUACGUGGCCAUAUGUUUGCAGUUCAGGCAGGUCAAUACAGUUCUGGUAAAGUGCAGCCUCCACCCCUAAAGGUGGAUAAAGAAACUAACACAGAAGAUCUCUUCCCAGAAGAAGUCGCUAUUCUUCCAAAAGAGAGAACCUGCCGAAGGCCCCGUGGUUCUGCUUUUGUUCGUAGUAGCACUAUUGUUCGAUCACAGACCUUCUCACCUGGAGCACGAAGUCAGUAUGUUUGCAGACUGUAUCGUAGUGACAGUGACAGUUCAACCCUGCCAAGGAAAUCACCCUUCAUCCGCAAUACAUUGGAAAGGCGUACUUUGCGCUAUAAGCAGCAGUCCUGUAGAUCUUCUUUGGCUGAGCUUAUGGCAAGGACAUCCCUAGACCUGGAGCUGGAUCUCCAGGCAUCCAGAACUAGACAGAGACAACUGAAUGAGGAGAUAUGUGUUUUGAGAGAGUUGAAGCAACGUCUGGAAGAUGCCCAACUCAGAGGGCAAACUGAUCUUCCCCACUGGGUCCUUCGGGACGAACGAUUCCGAAAUUUGUUGAAGGAAGCAGAGAGACAGACAAGACAGACCAAAUUUGAACAUCACCAAGAACAAGUAGCUGAAAAAAUGCUAAAGAAAGCAUCCAAAGAAGUAUACCUACUGCGUGGACAAAACCAGAAAGAGCCUAUUCAGGUGCAGACUUUUAGAGAGAAGAUAGCAUUUUUUACAAGACCAAGGAUUAACAUACCUCCUCUGCCAGCUGAUGAUGUGUAACAGGUUGCAUUGUAAACAUGAAGUAUUUAUCUGUCUGUUUUAUUUUAAUGAAAUUAUUAGACUAGCUAAAUUUCUUUUAAAAAGUUUGUGCAAAAUACUAUUAAUAUACACUUUUUGUAAAAAAUAAAAACGUAAAAAAAGUAAAAGUAAAAAAAAUAUAUAAAUAUAUAUAUAUACAUACACACACACACACACACACACAUAUAUAUAUAUUUUAUAAUAGUGACUGCAACAAGGCUUGGUUUUUCCUUGUUGUGAAAUUGACAUCUCUGAAGACAACUUAUUUUAUAAAAGAUCAGCUAUCCUGUUAAGAGUGUGUACAGUUUUUAUGCUGUUUUAUUUGAUUUAAAGGCUGGAAGACAGAAACAAAGUGAGUUCAGGCAAAUUCACUGUAUUGUAAUUUAUUUAUAGCACAUUUUUCCUUGAAGGAAAAUACCUACUUUAAGAUGUAUUUUAAGACUGAAAUUUUGUUCUUCAGUAUUCGUCAUACAGUAGAAUGGAACCAUUGAGCUGGUUUUGUUUCUGAUACCUGAAAUGAAAAUACUAUGUUCUAAAUUUGUCACUUUUAUCAGCUUUACUAUCUGUAUCCUAUCAUGUAAAUUGUAUUCUUUAGCACUGUCUGUGUUAUAGCAAAAUAUUAUCACCUGCAAUGUUUUUAAUACUGAUUAAAAAUGCCAUUCAACAUUGCAGAACUCAUUUGCAUGUUCUUACUGUGCACUAACAGAUUGUUCUCAUUUCAGUUGUGUUUAAUGUAUCUUUAUAUUUUUAAUUAGAUUCUCAAUUUAAACGGGGGAAAGGAAAAGGGUGGCAGGUCUUUGUUUUGCUAUGAUUUAAUAAAGAUGGAAAUGGGGGGGGAGGGGACUUCCCAUAUUAAUAAAACUAGUAAAAGAAUAUAGCAUCCGAGUAGUUUUAAAGAUUGUGGCCCCAUUCAGGAAGUACUUAAGUCCUAUAUUCUGGAAAGCAUCCCUAUUCAGAAGCGGGGUUAAACACAUGCAUAGCUUUUUAAGCAGGUGCUUUGAGUUAGGCACAUGUGUAAGUUUUUGCUUUCCUGAUGCUUUUCAGAAACAGGGCUUAUAACUCUGGAAGAAAUAGCUCACUUGGUUGGCAGCUGGGCCAACUACAACUUGGCCAGGAAUGAUUUUAUUUGUUACCAUUUGCUUUAACAUAGGACUGUCACCCUAAAUUCCCGACAAUGCCAGUUUUGUGUCCUUGCAUCUUGCAAGUAUGUAAAAAUGCUUCUUACUGAGCUACUGUAGGCAGUUUCUAAUAUUUUCUAAUGUGCAUUACCUAAGGAGAAGGGCACCCCACACAAGACUUAUUUAACCUAAUGUUGGAACAUCCAGUGUGAAAAUCAAGGUCUCUCUCGGUUCAAGGGACAUCGUCAGGACAGAUUUGGCCCCAAAUUUAGGUUUUGUAAAAAGCUAACAAAAUUGCAAAAUCUCUGACCAGUAGCUUGUUUUCAUUUAUUUUUAGAAACAAGUAAACAUUCCCUGCGGUGUUAGGACUCAUGUACUGUAGCAUUAUGUAAGAGUAUGAGAACGUAAAAGUUAAACUGACUGGGUCUAUUUUCAUUGUCCAAGCUGUGGAAAGUAAGCAGAAUAUAAAUAGCAAAAGUAUGUUAUAUUAAAAACCCAAACAGAUUAGUAAUUGAACAUUAUUAGUAACACAGACAUUUGUGUUUUAAAAUUAUAUUCCUUUUUACCUGACAUAGUGUUUGUAAGCUUCCUAAUCAUCCAGUUUGGCAUGAAAAAAGAAUAUUUGGCUUUAUCAUACUAACUGCCUUCAAGCCUCUUUUCUUCACAGUGGUAUUGGUAGCUGUAGAUAAGGGUCUCAAGCCUGAAUAAGAGAGAUUCAAAAAAUGAACAGAAUAUAAGCCAACAGAAAUAAAUAUUUACUAAAAUAAAUAACUAAAAACCAAUGUUUUAGUCUGUGUUGGGAUGAAAGUCUGAGAACACCAACUCUUUAAGUGCUCAUUACCUGAAUGUCCCAGUGCGUGAGAGGGAAUAGAUCUGUCUCCUUUACAGAGAUUGCCAUUAAAAAGGCAGUAUUUACCAACAGGUACGCACUGUGAUAUCUGAGAUGUCACAGACUUGUCCUAUACCUAAACUAGGAAAUAACAGUGCGGUAUCUAAUGGCGAAUGUUCCUGUUGUUUUUUUUAAUGGUACAGUAUCACCAGAAUGUUUUGAGAGUCCAAGAUUGACUGCUGUAACGAGUACUCUUUUGAUGUGGUAAUCAGUUAUAAUAUUCAGUAUUCAUCUCUCUUGUUUUUGUCACAGUUUUGUACAAUUGUGUCAUUUGUAUUAUUUGGAAAGUAUUUCUUUUACAGAAUAAAAUAAUUUACU